AUGCAAGGACCCCCAAAUAAAUCCUUUCCGUCUUGCCAGGACACUUCGGAGCUAGCGGAGAGCCUCCGCACCAGCUGGGGGACCACAGAGGAGCUGGAGCUGGCAGAGUCCGGAGAAGAGCUGGGUGGAGGCGUGCAUUACAUCGGUGCUGCUCCCGGGAUUCUGGCGGUGGCGAAGCCGGCGGGGAUCACCUCGGAAGCCGUCAUGCAGCUGGUGUCAAGGUGGUUGGCACAGCGAAGCUUCAAUGCCGAGAUCAUGAGGCUCUCCCGUCUGGAUGCACCAACCUCUGGUGUGCUGCCUGUGGCCAUGGCUCCGAGUGGAUCAGGAGUGGCCAGCUGGUACCAGCUUCUCUUCGCCGCACGCAAGGUCGUGAAGCAAUAUUUGCUCGUGUGCUCCGGGAAGCCAUUAGCUGCAGGCGUGCGGGGUGUCAUCGUGGCGCCUUUGGUGAGCGGCCCAUCGACCGAAAAGUCCGCCAUGAAGACCAUCUGGUCGUCUGCAGGGAAGGAGGCAAGGACGGAGUACGAAGUACUGCGUACGUUCACUUCACCCCUACAGACCCUGAUGCUGCUGAAAGCAGAACCGCAGACCGGGCGGACACACCAAAUCCGAGCACACCUUGCGGGCAUUGGGCGCCCGAUCCUGUGCGACCGCACAUACGGAGGCUUCGACCCAUCUUGGUGCUCCCGCCUUUUCCUCCACUGUCGACAGGUCACUUUACAGGAUGCAGCUGGUCGCCUCUUCAGCGCGGAGGCGCCCCUUCCGGCGGACCUGCAGGAGGCCUUGGAUCACCUGCAAGAUCUAGUCGCAGCUGGCUGA